CACACACACACACACACACACACACACACACACACACACACACACACAAUAUCAUUCGGUUUACACAAAUGGUAUAAAGGGUGAGAAUUUGUUCCUGGGAACUCAUUUAGUUAUACAGAUGGCUGUAAACUCUCUAAACUGUCUUUUCUUCAUGUGAACAGCACUGGAACUAAAGCUAAUAUGCCAAUAUCAUCUGAUUGGUCCAACCUGACCCUGCACCUGCAGGACUCGCUAACAGGUGCACUCAGUGACUUUCUGGAAAACUGGCAGCGGAAUAUCACACAGGGUGAACGCGUCCUAGGUGCCAGGCUGGCCGAGGAGAACUUCCGUGACGUCAUCUGGUACCUGGUGGUGAUGAUCGGGAUGUUUGCCUUCAUCGUGGUGGCCAUCCUGGUGAGCACAGUGAAGUCCAAGAGGAGGGAGCACUCAAACGAUCCAUAUCACAAAUACAUUGAGGGGGAGUGGAGCUCGCAACCACAAAUCCAAGCCUACAGUCAGAGCUACGUCAUCUCCAGUCCCGCCCUGAGGGCCUUCGAUGGCCCCUGCUCACCCUGAUGCCUCCUGGGAAAGUCAAAUGGACUUAAAAAGUCAGCUUUAAAUAUUUGAUUCUAGUUUUUAUUUCAUAUUAAAUAGAUAAGUGUUACUUACAAAACCAGAUUGUAUUCUAUUGCAGUAAGUGUAGAUUUUCUGUUAGUGGUAACUGUAACAGUGCCAUGUCAGCUUUGAAAUAACAUUUAGCACUAAAUUCAGAUUCAUAGUUAUUGUAACAUAUUUGAUGUCCAGAUAUAUACUGUAUCUUUUAGUAUUUAAAGCAGAGCUGAGAAUCCAACUAAAUGUAUUCUGUAACGGCAGCCUGAGUGCCGCAGGGCGCAGAACAGGACGCACAGACUCCCUUGACGUAAUGAGAUGUUUAAUAACAUAAAACAUAAAUGACAAUGGCAGCACUCACACAUAGUGACAGCGAUGAACAUGAACACACAAAUGAUUUAAACACUAACCAUGACAACAACCUAGGCAGCAUUAACAUAAACGACAUCAACAAUGACCAACGAUGAGGCACACACAGACGGGGGUUUAAAUAGACAAAACACUAAAC